GAAAUCAAAAACCCACAUUUCUCGGCAAAGAAAUCGUAAAACCCAUAUGAUCGAUCUCUUAUAUAUUAAUAAGUUUGAUUAAAGUCUCAAACUUUCACUGAUUUUAAGAGCGAGAGAGUUUCUGUCUGUUUCAUUCAACGGUGGAGAUGAAUCGAGUUCUGAUAGCUGUAACAUUAGCUCUUCUAGCUUCGUCGGCGUUAUUACCUGUCUCCGAUGGCGCGAAGAAACCGUCGUCGACGCCGAGAAAGGAGGAUGUUCCGUACAUAAAGUGUCAGGUUUGCGAGAAACUAGCCUCGCGGCUACACCAGCUAGUGAAGGAGAAGCAAGAGCAGAUCUCGCCCAAGAAGAUCUCGGAGUAUGAGAUCAUUGAGAUAGCUGAAAAUGUCUGCAACUUGAAGAAAGAGGAAGCUGAUUGGAUACUCAAGAUUGACAUUGUGGAGAAAGGCGAUAAGCUUCAGCUGGUUGAACAACAAGAAGAAGGGAUGUGCAAUUCUGAGUGCAAGACGAUAGAGGCUGCUUGUCAAAAGGUCAUUGGUUACUCAGACACCGAUGUUGCAGAGUUUAUAUACAAGUCAAAGCCUGAUCUUGUUUCACUGGUAAAUCAUCUAUGCAAAGACCUGACCGAUGCUUGUAGCAAGAACCCGCCUCCUGUUCCCAAGGAUCGGGUUCCUGGAGAACCAUUUGUUGCAAAACCAUCGAAGGAUGCUGAAAUGGACAAGAUAUUGAGAUCUAUGCAGGGUAUGCCAGGAGCACCUGGCAUGAAGGUAUACUCUAGAGACGAUAUAGAGAAGUAUAAAGAUAACUUGGGGAAAUUCGGUACUGAAGAUGAAGAUGGCGACGAUGAUGAAGAUGAGGAAGACGAUGAAAAGUUUCCCAAGAACUUGGGAAAAGUUUUGACAGAGAAAGAGGAUAAAAAGGACGAAUGGAAGAAGACAAUUACUAAGGAAAUCAAGAAGAAAGGUGAGGUUCUGAAGAGACAUGCGCAGAAAGUGUCGAACCGGGUUCGGAGAUGGUGGAAAGGACUUAAAUCGUCUUCUUCAAAGAAACCUAAAUCCGGAAAAUCUGAGCUAUAGAAAACAGUUUGGACCAGUUCUGUUUUUAGUUUUUAAUGUACUCUUCUUCUUCACAGUGCUUUUUGUAGAUUUCUUUUAGUGUCUAUGAUCUUUUUAAGAGAAUGUGUUGAGACAUCAGUUCUUGUAACAGAAGAAAUAACAUACAAUGUGAUGGUUUAGUGAAAAA